UGUAAUGUACUCUGUGGCCGUAAUGUCGAGGAAUUGUAUAUUUUAAGUUAUUUAAAAAAAAUGAAGGAAUCUUGUUAUGUAAAACGCAAUUUACAAGCAGCAUUUGUAAAAUCUUGAUUUGAUAAGUGGUCGUUAAAUUUUAAACAUGAUCAGAGGAUUAUCGAAAGUUGUCAUCAAAGAUAUCAAAAGAAAUGCAAGCGUUAGUACGUGGUCACCUUUGGCAACUGCUUUUAAUACAAAAUCAAAAAAGUUUAAAUUGGAUUUGUCCCGAAAGGAGUGCGGCUUAUUUGGCAUCCCAGAGUUAAAUAAUGCACAAGGCUUUAGUAUACUUAAAGAUCGAGCGAUAUCGGAUACUAAUCAACUUAUCGAGGAAGCUAUAUCAGAUGGGCGAAAAAGGAAGAUGGUCGAAAUUUUUGACGAGAUGUCAGAUGUUCUUUGUAAAGUAGCUGAUUUGGCAGAAUUUGUAAGGAUGACCCAUCCUGAUAAACGAUUCAGCUCAGCAGCUGAAGAUGCAUGUGCAACCGUCAGUUGCAUGGUGGAGCAAUUAAAUACUCAUGGGGAACUGUACACCGUUCUCAAACAUGUAGUGAAUCAAGGAGAUAUACAAAAAUUGACUGACAUAGACAAUCAUGUAUUAAAAUUGUUCUUAUUUGAUUUUGAACAAUGUGGAAUUCAUUUACCCGACAGUCAAAGGAAGGUUGUCGUAGAUAUAAAUGAUUAUAUUCUUCACGUAGGGCAAAAAUUCAUGGCAGGAGCUUUUGAACCAAGAACAAUAAAACUUAGUGAAUUACCAAAAGAAGCUAGGCAUUCUUUUUCAGAAACUGAUAAAGAAGUUGUAGUACAUGGAAUGCUUGCCGAAUCUGAUAAUCCAUUCACACGAGAAAGUGGGUAUCGAAUGUAUUUAUACCCUGACAAGCAGCAGGAGCAUUUAUUAGAGGAGCUAUUAAACUCUCGAUUCGACUUAGCUCAAAUCUGUGGAUUUUCAACAUAUGCACACAGGGCAAUUAAAGGGAGUACCGUUGAAACACCUGAAGUGGUAUGCAAUUUUUUAAACAUUUUAACUGAUGAACUGAGGGAUAGAGCAAGAGAGGAUUUCGAUAUUAUGCAACAAAUGAAGAAUGCAGAGAUAUUGGAAAAGCAAGAUUUAAUGAUAUGGGACACUGCUUAUUACACCGCGAAAGCAAAGAACUCCUGGUUAAAUCUACCAAAUGCUGAACUUGCUCCUUACUUUUCCCUCGGAGCUUGUAUGGAUGGUAUCAAUAUAUUAACACAGUCUUUGUAUGGAGUCCGAUUAGAAUCUGAAUCUGUUUUGCCUGGUGAGGUAUGGGCAGAAAAUGUGUACAAAUUAGCCGUAAUAGACGAAAACAAUGUAACAUUAGGUCAUAUUUAUUGUGAUCUAUAUUCAAGAGUCGGUAAACAAAAUCAGGACAGUCAUUUUACUAUCAAAGGAGGAAGACAGUUGCCAGAUGGGAGUUACCAGAAUCCUAUAGUGGUUAUGAUGCUUUCCUUACCACCGCCAACGUGGUCGAAGCCUUCAUUACUAGCUCCACAAUUUGUCGAUAAUCUGUUUCAUGAAAUGGGUCAUGCUUUACAUUCCAUGUUGGGCAGAACGCAAUAUCAACAUGUAACUGGUACUAGAUGCAGCACAGACUUCGCCGAAGUCCCAAGUAUUCUGAUGGAAUAUUUUGCUAGCGAUCCAAGAGUCGUGUCGAAAUUUGCGAAACACUACAAAACCCAAGAACCAAUCCCGGAGCCAUUGUUACAAAAAUUUUGUGUUACGAAGCAUGUAUUUCCAGCUUCGGAGCUGCAGAAUCAAGUGUUUUAUAGCAUGCUGGAUCAAGUUUACCACAGUAAUAAGUUAGAGCGAUCCAGUACAGAAAUUUUAGCAGACAUCCAAGGGAAAUAUUACGGUCUACCAUAUGUCGAGAACACGGCGUGGCAAUUACGGUUUUCCCAUCUCGUUGGGUACGGUGCAAAGUAUUAUUCUUAUCUUAUUUCCCGAGCAAUCGCUUCUUGGAUUUGGCAGACUUAUUUCCAAGCCGAUCCCUUCAGUCGUUCUGCAGGUCAGAAAUAUAGAAUGGAAUGCUUAGCGCACGGAGGUGGAAAGCCCGCGUCUAAACUUGUAUCAGAUUUCUUAGGAAAGGAAGCAAAUGCUUCCAAUUUUGCGAAGGCCUUAAUAAGCGAAAUCGAUAUAGACCGUGAAAAUGCACGCGAGAUGAGAAAAGCACUUAACUUGAAGGCUCUAUAAAACGUGAAAACGUUGGUAACAUACGUCACAUUAGUAGGAAAUAUACAAAGUACCUAAGCUGAAUUUUUUUCAGUUAUACAAAAUUCCAGGGAAGGGUGGAACGAUGUUUCCUAGUGAAAAGAUCUGUACAGAUUUUUAAAAAACGAUGCAAUGAGGUGUACAUAAACAUUUGAGAUAAAAUUAUCAUUGAUAGUCUUAA